AUAGAUAGUCGAGAUCAUGUUACUGAAACAUACAUGCAUCAUUUAUCCAAACAUGCACAGAGCCGAGAGCGACAGUCCCACUGACGCCACCCCCCUCUCCUCCCUUCCCUCCGCAACCCUGCACUCUGCCUGCAAUAGAAGCUCAAGAAGAAGUGUAUUUCAAGACACAAUCAUUACUUCGUUCCGGAGAGGCAGAGCAGGAGGCGUGGAACUGGAAAUUGGAAAUCCCCUCCUGAUCUUUUUGAUUUUUCUUUCUUUCUUUCCAUUUUAUUUUAUUUUAUUUUCUCCUCGCGCGCAGUACUCGAUUCACCAGAACUGGUCGCUUGAUCUUCCGUUUGCUUUCUCUGUUCUGUUCUUUUUUAUAUGCUUAGUGGCACUGAUCAGUUGUUGUCGGGCCGGGGAGAAGAGGUGUAAUAAUAGGGCUACGAACGAGGUGAGCCGUCUUCGAUUUCGGCAUGGGAAAUCACAGAGCGAAUCGCGUAAGAGCGAAGUAAUAAUUCUCUGGCUCGAUCUUCUUCCCUUUCCUCCAAUCCGCAUGAGGGUUUACGCUUGCUGCUAGCUAUACAACCAAAGGGGGAGACAAAAAGUUGUUCUUCCUCUCUGCGCCCAUCAUGCGACCACGCCGUGGACGAUCGAUGUCCAUCGAUUGAUUCCUGCAGCUGAUAUAUAUGCAUGUGUUCCUCUGUUUGUGUUUCAAGAAUCGAGUCGAUAUGGAAGGCAACAGCGACGACGCCGGUGAAUUCCAAGUCUAUGAUCACCAGCAGCAGCAGCAGCAGCAGCAAGAAGCGGCGACGGCGGCAGAGGAUGGAACGGUUUCCAUCCACAACGACUGCACUGCCGAAACCACUUCCACGAUCCUUCCCUGGCCGGCCCUCCUGAUCCCGCCUACAACGCCGCCGCCGCCGCCGUCGUUAUUGACUUCUUUCUACCACGAUCUCUACGGCGCACGGCGGCCCUUCCAAUUCGCCUACGACCGCGGGGGGCCGUCGUCGUCGUCGGCCGCGGAUCCGAUGGGACUCGCGGCGCUCUAUAACUGCAGCAACUACCUCGGCAGCGCUGGCGGGCGGCCGGGGAUGCUGAUGUCGUCAACCGCGGCGGCCCCUUUCGAGAUGGGAAAGAUGACGGCGCAGGAGAUCAUGGACGCGAAAGCGCUGGCCGCGUCGAAGAGCCACAGCGAGGCCGAGCGCCGCCGCCGGGAGCGCAUCAACGCUCACCUCGCCCGCCUCCGAAGCCUCCUCCCCAGCACCACCAAAACGGACAAGGCGUCGUUGCUGGCGGAGGUGAUCCAGCACGUCAAGGAACUGAAGCGCCAAACCUCUGAGAUCGCCGAGGAGAGCUCGCUUCCGACGGAGACGGACGAGCUCACGGUCGUCUCCGCCGACGAGGUGGAAGGCUCCGGCGGCAGCCCGCAGUCCCUAGUCCGCGCCGCCCUCUGCUGCGACGACCGCGCCGACCUCCUCCCCGACCUCAUCAAAGCCCUCAAGGCCCUCAAGCUCCGCUCGCUCAAGGCCGACAUCACCACCCUCGCCGGCCGCAUCAAGAUCGUCCUCCUCAUCGCCCACGACAUCGACGACCACCAUCUCCAACCGCCAUCCCUCGCCGCGAUCCAAGACGCGCUGAAGGCCGUCAUGGAGCGCGCAGCGACACCGGCAUCCGCCUCCUCCUCGGCCGCGGAGGACUCCUCCGCCACCAUCAGCAAGCGGCAGCGCACCGCCGCCGCCGCCGGCCUGCCCAGCAUACUCGAGCACAGGUCGGCGUGAGGCCCGUGGACGAUACACUCAUAGCCCGAUCGCACGCGCGCAUGUGAUUCAGAAAGUAUAAGUGUGCUAAUUUAUGCGUUGUGUUCAAUCGAUUGCAUGCCCACCAUACGCUGCAGAGGACCAGUAGUGCUUUAACUGUUGUUACACCAAUUAGGGUUUCUUGGUUUUAUAUAUUCAAGAGGUGCUAAAGGAGUGUUCCAAGUGUAGAACAAAAGGAAAGGGUGGAUCUUUUUCGUAACCAGGGUGGACUACUUGUACA